GGCCGCCAUGCAGUUUAUGUUGCUUUUUAGUCAUCAAGGAAAGCUUCGACUGCAGAAAUGGUAUGUCCCACUUUCAGACAAAGAGAAGGAAAAGAUCACAAGAGAACUUGUUGAAACCAUUUUAGUAUGGAAACCUAAAAUGUGCAGCUUCCUUGAGUGGCCCGAUUUGAAGAUUGUUUACAAAAGAUAUGCUCGUCUGUAUUUCUGCUGUGCUAGUGAAGAUCAGGACAAUGAGCCAAUUACCCUGGAAAUAAUUCAUUGUUACGUGGGAUUACUUGACAAGUAUUUUGGCAGCGUGUGUGAACUUGAUAUCAUCUUUAAUUUUGAGAAGGCAUAUUUUAUUUUCGAUGAGUUUCUUUGGGGCAGGGAAGUUCAGGAAACAUCCAAGAAAAUUUUUCUUAAAACAAUGGAGCAGGUUGAUCUACUGCAGGAGGAAGCUGAAGCCCCAUGUAGUGUUCUUGAAGAAACUGGACUGACGUAA